AAGAGCCAAGAAAUUUUAAUUCAUUGGUUUCUCUCCUUAUCAUGACUUGCAGCCAUACUUCUUCAUCCAACGACCAACCUACGGUUUUAUGCUCGGUCGACCAUGUGUCGCUCUCCUUUCCGAACGAUCAACAACUCGUCAAUUUAGGCGAUGGACGUCUUGUCCUGUUUAUCGAUGGGGAUCAGCUCGUGGCUCGAUUUUUUGACUAUUUUGAUCGGGAACUUGCAUUAAUAACGUUACCUUCCCGAUCCAUGGCCUGGCUUCAAUCCGAACAUGUACUGAUAAUUCGUCCUCUUCAUUCGGGACCAUGGCGAUUGGAUUUCAGCGUCGUGGAGCAUGAAAAUUUCGUCACCCUGCAGGACAUGCUCGCUUACUUUAUAAAAUACGAAAAUCGUCACCAUCUACGAAAUACCCUCGUGAUGAUGAAUACGGCCACUUACAAGGUGACACAAAUUAUUGCGAAAAAUGUGGAUAUCGAUGUUGGCAAACAGCUAGAUGAAUGGCAAUCGGACGACGGUGAAGAACACAUUAUCAAUGAAAGCGAAGAGAAAGCCAACGAAAAACUACCUGUUUACGUUGACGAACAAUUUUAUGCUUCGUCUUCACACAUACCACUAGACUACCGAUAUCGAGUACGAUUAUUACGAGAAGGGAGAAAAAAGGAACCGGUCAUGUCAGCCAGUGACUGGGCUGUCCAUGGACUAAUGAUGGUCAGUCAAGCCCUCGCAAAAGGAAUUCAAAGUGGAACAAGGAAAAUCGAACAAGGCAUUGAACCUGCUUCAUCUCCACUGGUAUUAUCCGAUACUUCUCGACGAUACAUUGAUUUGGCUUACAAUGUGGCAUCAUUUGUGAAAAGAGCGGCAGAAAAUAGCCUGGAGGGGAUCUGGGGUUCCCGGUCCAUGGACGAACGAACUGCAUCCCCGUCGCCGUAUACCCAAAGCACCACGACUAAAAUCUUGCGGGGGGCGGCUUUUGCGGCAAGCACCAUUGCCGGUACUUCUCGCGAAAGCCUCAUUCAGCUCAUGCACAAAAAGUAUGGCCAAGGUGCCAAGUAUCUUUUGGAAAAAGCGUUGGGCCAGAAAGGAAUGGAUGCAGAAGAUACGCUAGUCUAUUUUGACGGUCAAGGCAUUUCCAGACGAGUGGUGGAUUUGUCAGACUUGGAACAGGAAAAAGAAGCGUUGGAUGUGCUGUCGAACGAUCAACGACAAACGCUGUUUGAAAAUUGGCUGAUGGAACAGAAUGAAAAGGACGAUACAGAUACCAGCGAAAUAGAAACUAUAUCCCGAUGUUCGUCUACUUCGGCUUCUCACAACAUCGACUUUGUUCAGGUUUAAGGAAUCACAUGCGCGGCGAUUCAAAAAUGACCAAGAUGGCCUGAAAUUCCGCAUUAUUUCUUACUCAUCUCAAUUGGAAAUAAACCGCAACUUUCAUUUGCAUU